CGUGAGGCUAGUACGACUUGCCGUAACGUUCAUAGUAUGCUCACAUUGCUAGUCGCCGCACAUUUCCGCACACCUGCUUUUGACCUGCAGGCUACCACCGACCUUGGGCUCGACAUCGACGCGUCAGACUCACCUACGGCCGGACAUGGCAGGAUGUCGAGUUACGGAGAAUAGGGACGUUCUCCGUGAAAUAUUCCAGCACUUGGAUCCAUUCGUGGACCCCUUUGGCGACGAGCUGCCAAAGGGCUGGCCGGUGACAAGAUACCAGCUCGAGCGUCGACGAACUCUGUGUCGAGCAGCCCGCGCAUCGCGAGCUAUAUCGGAGUGUGCUCUCGAUGUGCUCUGGAAACACUUGUCUACUCUUACGGACCUAUUCAAAGUGAUUCCGUCUCUGCAACAGCGCAGGGCGGUCCACAUGGACAUCCGGGACGUAAUGGAUGGUGUGGAACGAACUGAAUGGAAUGUCUCCGGUUCAAUCACUACCGACGACUGGCGACGAUUCAACGGUUAUGCCAGACGUGUGCGUGCGCUGGACGUAUCCUGGAGGCCAGUUCAGGUCGGGUCCAAGGUCAUCGAAUGGGUGUCUACCUUCAGCAAUGGCAGGCCACUGUUGCCCUCAUUGCUCGAGUUGACAAUCACGCCCGGGCAGCCGUUGGAAAGCGGGGUAAUCAGCCUCAUCUCGCCUACCAUCUUGAGUCUGGCUAUUCGUUCAAUGUCAUAUUACUCAUGGUUCAAGAUGCCCGACUAUCCUGCACACCGUCAUGCACUGGAGCAGGUCAUUCAGCAUGUCUCUUCGGCGUGCCCAAACGUGGAAGAGGUCGAUCUAGGCGACUGCCACGAUACGGAGACCCUGUUGCUCUUGAGCAAGUGCAGGCAUCUACGACAAAUCCGCCUCUCCCGUCCUACGUUCGGUCUGGACACACGGUUGCUACGUGAGUGGUCACGCAUCCCACAUCUCACCGAGCUUUCCUUGGACCUUCCCCGCGACGAUCCUGUCACGGAGGCGCUGGCGUUCCCGGCCCUUCAGAAGAUCAGAGUGUCGUGCAGCAUGCAGAAGCCGACGAUUUCUUUCUUCCAGCAUUGUUCGACUCCUGCCUUGUCCUACCUCUCACUCACGGUGUACGAUCGCGCCGAAGCAGACCCUUAUGAUUUACUUGAGUGCCUACGCGUCGUCUCUCUGACGGUCGCGGACAGCAGUUCAUUCCGACAUUUCAUCCUCGAUCGCAAAAGCGUGGAGAAGAGGGGGAGGAUUUCAACCUCGCCGCGGGCCCUCAUUGACAUCGUACGGCCGUUAUGCCAGCUUGGACAGCUGGAGACAGUCCAUCUAUCCCCGCCUGCGUGCUGGAAUCUCUUCGGCUCAGACGCGGAGGUCGAGGAGAUGGUGUCGAACUGGCCGAACCUGUUGUCGCUUCGAAUCGACCUUGGUUCAUCCGUGCUCUUCCCCCCCGAUGAUAUUAUGUUUCAGAUGGCGGCGCAGUACUUCGCACCCAUGAUGAGCAGGCUCCGCGCCGGGAGCCUCGUUGCGAUCGCCAAAGCCUGCCCCAGGCUGCAGGACCUCACCUUACUAUGCGAUCUUCGAGAUUUGUCCCUCGCCGCUCUCGAUGACUCCCCCUCGCACCACCCACUGCGGGAGAUCAGACUACUCAGCAUUCAAGCGAUCAUUUACUCCCCGGAGGAGGCCCAACUCAAUGCAGAGUUCAUCGAUCGCUUGUUUCCCAACCUGAUCCUCGACGAACUAUUCCUUGCGCGCAGCUGGAUGUGGGGUGGCACGCUCUCAAAGGACGUUCUCAAACGUAUGCGAAAUCUGCAACAGGAAAGAACAGGAGAGAAGGCUGUAUCGAGUGCGACGGGGGUGCUCCUCCAUCCUUGGGGACCAAGCGCACAAAACGUCCCGAGUCCUGCGCCUACGGUGGUUGGCUAGUGAACUAUGCAGUUUUAAUCCUUCAACUGCUUAUGGGCCUGUGGGUCUGGCGUAAUAUUUGAAGCCCCCCUCAUCGUCGGAAAAGUAUCAGGCAUUGCUCGGAAUAUAUAAAGACUAUAUGUAUGAGUAUAUCAGUUGUACACGCGAACUCCUCUG